AUGAAGCGAGUAUUGGCUUUCGAGAACGUUCAUCAUGUUGCUCUUCUCUCCUCUAUUGUCGGUGUUGCAGGCAAAUCAUCAUUGCGUCGGGGAGUGGUAACGUCUGCUAUGCAAACACAUCAAUUCCAUACUCAAUCAAUUGUGAAUGGAACUACCCGUAUUACAACAAGAGUUACACCAACUUCUAUUACUACCGUUUCCUAUGAAAAUCCAGAAGAAACAAGAGCAAUGGUUGAAAAGAAGUACCUCCGUAAAGCACAAACAGCGUUGGAUAAGAGAAAUCCAGAGUCAGUUGAACAAGCUGUAGAAAAUAUAUUUGAAGAUUUGAGAAUUCAUGGUGUUAGUCGCCCAAACCUUGCUACAUACACCACCUGCAUAAAUGCUUUGGUUAAAGGAGAAAAGCCUGAGAAAGCUCACAAAUACUAUGACAAGAUGCUUGAACAAUACUCCUUGAAGGAUAUUCCAUUCAGUUUGCUUGUUUUCAUGAUUGACUCUUGCAAACACAAAAGAGAGGAGGUGAGAGCUGUAGACUAUUUCACACAAUUCAAAGAAAAGUUGAAAAUUCAUGAAGAAGCAGGAGAAUCAAUUCCAAACAGAGAAGCAAUUAUCCUAAAGGCGUAUACAAAUUUACUAAACAACAUGAGCAACGUUUUGGAUAAGGAAAAGUGUAACUUAUAUUUUGAGGAGUUUAAAUCAACUUAUGGAGAAGAUAAGGUCGACUACACCAUGUAUGCGUGUAUGAUGAAAGUGAAUUCAUUUCUUCAAAACUAUGAAGAAUGUGCUCGAAUUUUGGAUAUUGUCAAGGAACGAGUUUACACAAUCAUCCCUUCAGGAUCCGAUAUGAGCCAAUCAAAUCCUUCACAAGUUUUGACUCUCUUCUAUUCAAUGAUGAUUACAGCUUGUACAUCCGUUGAACAAGUUGAAAUUGUUAGAAAGCAAAUGGAGGAUGAGCAAAUAAGUUAUAAUGACAAAACAUACGUCAACAUUCUCAAGAAAUAUCUCCAGUUUGACAAUUACAGCAAGAUGUAUGAUCUCUAUGAGAAUCACUUGAAGCCAAACACGUCCAUCAGAGCCAAGGAGCCUGUUUUCUUUUUGCUGUUGGAAGCAUGUUAUCGUGAAGCAUUCAAGAGAGGAGAAGAAUCUAGAUCGGCCACAGGAAACGAAAUUUACAGGAAAGCCAUAUUCGAUAUGCAUCAAAUCAGAAGAUAUUGGACUGAGAUGAGAAAUAGAUAUGGCCACAAGAAACCAAGCGAAACAAUCAUUGAUGCUCUUCGUAAAAUCGUUGCGACAAACAAACAAGUUAAGAAGGAGUACAACGCUCAACUGAAGGACUUAUUCAAACAACAAAAACAAACAAAACUGGAACAUCUCAAGAAACUUCAUGCAGCAUCGGAAAAGAAACACUAG